GCGUGUUGAUGCGUAAAAUCAGCGCCUUCAUAAACGGAAUCCAACAAUAACUGAGAUACAUGCGGGCAAAUCUGAAUGUCUAAUGUGGAAAAGUGUCCACAUUCGGUGUCCGUGUGGCUGCAAUGGGGCACUGCGGCACAGCUUCGGACACCUUACGCACUGCUGGGUCUCCACCUCCUCCAGGUGCGUAGCUGUGACACACCUGGAGACGUUACUGGCACCCACCAGUAAAACCAGACCACCGGCUCCUCUUCCUGCCCGUCUGCUCCGAGCAAUCGGCUUCCAAAACAUGCACAUGCCUCCUCCAGAUUGUAGUUUGGCAUGGUGUGAUUUACAUUAUGCGCAAUGAAUGUCUCAUGGGGUUUGCUGACGGUCUUGAGUCUGGUGUGCCACACCGAGUCGAGGUGCUCACCGACCUCUUAUUAUAAAAACUGCUGGAUCCGACGGUUCCCGGGUAUUUUCAUCGACAUCGAGGAGUCUCAGAGGAGAGGAGCGCAGCUCCUCAAGUUUUACCAAGAGGAGACGGCGCUCAAGUGCAGCCGCACCUGUUGCCUUACGAGAAACUUUUCCUGUAAUCUGGCCAUAUUUCACUAUGAUAGCACCCAAGAAAACGUGAACUGCUUCCACCUGCACUGUCCGACUCUGGAGAGCUGCAUCCUGAGUCACAGAGGCAACGUUGUUCUCUACAACAUCACCAAGGGUGUGGAUCCUGAUCUCCUGGUGUUCGGGAAAUACUUCACCUCUAACGUGCGGGUGUUACCCCACCACUACAGCCGAGGCAACGCCUCAGAGCCGUUGCCCUCAGACAAGCGUCAGUUCAUUCACCCUCCUCCUCCUCCGCCCCCCGUUGUCCCGCCUCUGACUCCUGCACCCUCAGCUAAGCCGCCCACUACAGCAAGUGAAGCCCACACCACCACCACUACUGUGCUGCAGAGUACCAGCCAGCCAACACCUGCCUUGUCCUCCACUGAAAAAACUAAACCAGCUUUGGAAAACCACGCACAAGCGACAACCCCAACUGCAUCCCCUACUUCCCUUGCACCUAGCUUUACUACGCCUCCUUCCUCCACCGCAGUCACCAACCUCGGCCACUACGACGCCGAGACCACUCCUGCAUUUUCUACCACGUCACAACCUUCUACGUCCACCUCUACUGAUCAUCACACCACCGCCUCCUCCCAGGUCGACACCAGCCCCUCAGCUCCCACCACUCUUACCCCUAACACAGAGAGCAGCCAGCCCAACGACACAGAGGUCGGCCUCGGAUGGAACAACACAGCGGGCGGUGAGGGGGGCCAGGGGGCCAGCGGAGGGGACACCAUAUCGGGGUUGGGACCCGGGUGGCACGUGGCCGCUCACAGCUUGUUGGUUGCAGUGGCCAUCUGCAUCACGGUGCUGCUGAGCUGCUGUUGCUCUGUUCUGCUGGUGGUGAGCUGGAGGGGUCAGAGGAAGAGGAUGGGACGCUACCGGACAUCAUGGAGAGGAAAGAAAAGCUCCAUGCGCCUGAUAAAGUAUGUUCUGGUCAGAGAGAACUCCUGAAAGUGCAGCCAAGGGAGAAGAUGGAUGGAAUUUUUUAUUCAUAACUAUAAAAUUGUGUAAGGAAGGAAUCUGGCAGACGAGAGUUAGAAUUUGAAUAUAAUUUUUACAUAUUAGUGCAGAUUUUGUAUGGCUUACCGUAAGUAGAUAGGGAUGAAAAAAUAGGCAGCAUGCAGAGGUACUUUAUGGCUUAGAUGACGUCACCAAUAGCACCGUUGCCAUGGUUUUGGUUUCAUUCAGAGCUCGCCACAUCGACCUGCCUCCAGAAAGACGAUAUGUCCUCUUGGACAACCUACAUUCUGAUGUACUUCAGUUACUUUAAACUGUUGUUGAUGCCAAACCUCAAAAACAUUGGCCAGUCAUCCAGACUGGUUCUAAGCGACGCAUCGAGAGCACUUCCGAGCAAUUAACGUCUUCGAUUCAAACAGAGCUCGGAUCAUUAAUGUGUUGACGACCUGACCCUUUGCCCUGUGGCUUCAGUGUUUAACCCUCCCCUCGGUCCAGCACAUCUCCUCACUGUAUUGGGUUGCCCCUGACCUAAGUACUCUUAAAAGCCCGCUGCUGAAAGGAUCCUUUCACUCCUCGACCUCACAGUGGCGAGAGUGUGAGGCCAGCUGAAGAUGAGCAAGAAACUGAAUGAAUGGGGCUCGUAUGAUAAAAGCUUUAGGCAUCACCAUGCGCCUAGAAUUCAUGCAAACUUUCUACUUCAAAGACGUAACUUGAACACAGCAGCCCACAUUACACUUUUUAUUUCUGGUAUUAAAGAAUGCGUAACACACCUGAUGACAGUAAAUGUUUCCUGAAAAAUAAAUACCAACUAGUUGAGACUCUUGAGAUUGUAAAAUCCUGAUGCACGAUGCACAGUUAUUUACAGUAAUCUGCUGUUUGCGUUACAGGUAUGACAGUCCAAAAUUAUAAUUGAGGCCACAAGUAUA